ACAGCAGUUGUGCUAACUUGCCAAAACAAAACCAGUGCUCACAUUUUUCAGAAAGGUAAAUAAUUCAAUGGUGCGUAAUCUUACCUGUCGUGUUGUCCUACGCCGUGUAACUGAAAUGACGUGUCGGCGUUGUGUGAAAGCAGCCAUAUUAACGCAUUGUUCGUUUGCGAUCGCGUGCCUGUCGAAGUCAAAUUUUUUAUCCUUUGCAUAUAAAAGGCUUAAAAAGUAUACAAGUUUUCACUUGUUAAUUCAAAGUUUAUAGUAUUGUUCUAAGAUUUCGUUUAUAAGUGAAACUUUGACAACCUUGCUCUUUUCAACAUUUUAAAAAGGCUGAAGUGUUGAGAGAGCCUUUAGUGUUUAAAAAAGCUGAAAGAGCCUGAAGUGUUUAAAAAGAGAUUAUUUGUCUGACAAAUAGAAUUUUUAUGGUUUUCUCCCUGGCCUUUGGUGGCUUAAUAUUAGCAUAUAAAUGGCAGUCUCGCAUGAAAUAGGUUAUGUACCAAUGAUUAUGUAGUACCAGAAGGCACGUGGCGGUCACGGGGCAGGGGUAUGGGAGAUUUCAUUUUAUUGAACCCCCACUAACUUGUGUCACGUUCAUGACUUGUUACAUUACUUUUAAGCUGCCAUUCUUUCCUGUUUUCUUUGGUGAACACGUUUGUUUCAGUACUGUCUGCCCUCACCUUUACUGGGCCCAUUACAUUUUUCUUGGAACCAAAUAUUUUUGUCAUUUAUUUGAUAACUUUAUUGAUUAAACCGGCUCUGGGCCUUCGCCCUGAGCCAUUUCACUCCAGUUUGUGAUUACUAUCUUUUUCAGUGCCCAGUAAACAAGCUCAGGUAAUGCAGCCUAACAUUCAAAUGAAUUCCUGAUCUGGAGAGCGGAAAGGACAUAAAAGCCUUUUAAAAGGCUGGAGUGUUGAAUACAAUGUCAGAGAAAUAGCUCUCAAUGUAAACUGAUAGUUUCUCGAGAUUGGUAAUCACUUAGAGCGUGACAGACGAGUAAACUGUCUCUUAUCUACUAUAUCAGAAUUAUUAUUUCAAGUUAUAUUUUUUGCAUCGAACGCUCUUGCGAUCAUGCGAAGCUCAUAUAUGAUUUCUUUGUUUACGGUUUAUAUCGUAGAUAUUUAAAUAGGUUGCUCGCUCAAUUUCUAAAUAACGUGCAUGCUUUGACAUUCAUAGACUAUGAGUAGUCCCCGUUUUUCCUCAGGAAUAGCUGAGUGAGCGAAACGCGAGCACGUGUGAAAAUCACCCCACGCGAGAAAGGCGUGAUGGAGUGGGGAGAGAAAAAAAUGAGGGACAACAGACAACGCCCACGCUCUUGAACUUAUGCAUUACUCUGACAACGCAAAACUCUGAUUGGCUUUUCCAUCGAAAUCUGUCAACAUCUGACAAAAACACGCCAGCCGCUAUCAACACUCGACAUAAUCACUAUUUCCAGAAUAACUAGAGCAGAACAAAUAACUGGAGUUCAGCUCUUGUAGAAGCAACUAAGCAGAAAGUCAAACCGGCAACUGAUGAGGUUCACUUGGAGGAGUAAAACCAUGCAUGGUCUUGCCUGAUCACAAAGUGGCAACAACAGAACAGUCACAAGGCUGUUAAGCUUAUUCAAAAGUUAUCGCCAAGAAGGAAACUACGCGCUUCAGUCCAAAGACUCACAUUAUCCCUGCAUUAUCCUCAGUAAAACAAGCGAGAGUUAAAAUUCAUUGCUUUAAGACUGAUCAUCAUGACUGAGUCACAUCGCAAUUCUCCAUAGUUAAUGUAGCUUCAGUUUAAGCUGCAAUCCAUUCUUUGAGGUUUGGAUCAGUAAAUCACUAUCCGUGAGAAUUUAACAUCCUGCUAAAAACACUAACGAGCUCGGCCCAGCGUGACAAAACAUUGCAGGAAACCGUCACAUUCACAGACGAAAAGAAAAUCGCGUAAAAAUUAUUCAGAUCCAGGAGGCUCUUUGUCGGAGAAAUUAAACAACCUGAAAACCUUAUUUAGCCACAUUGAAGAGCUUUAUUUUUCAAAAGAGGUCAAAUAAAAUGCUCUUGCAUCAGAGGGCAAAUCAUGCUGACCAUAAACAAUAACCGUAGAAAACUAAUAUGCGUGUCACGACUUCUCAGUAUGAAAAAAGCGGCAAAAAUCACAUUUGCUCAGUCAAAACAUUUUCCUCCAGAGCAUGAUCUAACCGUCCGAGAAAAAAAAAUUCAUUGGAACAAGCAGCAUUUUGGCAUGAGGUAAAAGUCGUGUGUUGUCUACUGACCCCCCUUUUUACACUAUUAAGAUCUUCACACAAAACAGCCGUGAAGAAAGUUAGUAUCUGGGUUUUUUUUUACUUGCAAUAAAUAUUGCCUGCAAGCUACCGAUGACAAGAGCAAUGGCAGCUCAGUGAGAGAAGGAAUCCCAUUGCAUGCGCUUCAAAAGUUAUACGAACUUCACACUCCUAAAUCAUUCGGCCAUGAAGGGUCAAAAGCUUGGGCUUUGUCUGUAGUCCCUCAUUUUUCUCUCUCCCUGCUGAGUCUCGUCUUUCUUGCGUGGUGUGCUUUUCACGCGUGCUUGCGUUUCGCUCACUGUACUAUCCCUGAGGAAAAAUGGGGACUACUCGUAGUCUAUGACAUUCACAAGGAGAAAAAGAGCUCAAAUAUCAACGUGUGGUAUUGGUUAAGUUAUGAUUUGUAGUGAUGUUUGGCGUAAAUACAUGCACCACCCAAAUUGGGGUAAUUGUGAUCGAAACAUCAAGGAAUUACAAAAUAUGCUCAUAUUAAUUUUGUUUCAACUUCUGCAAUUUUCACAUGUAAUGUCUAGUUAUUCUUGAGUAUUUACAAGAUGAUCUCAGCCAAUCAAAUAAUUUUGCAGAUCAACCACUACUGAGAGAAAUAUACAACGAGCCUCCCAUCAUUUCAUAUAAAAGAGCAAAAUCGCUGGGAGACAUCCUCGUUGGAGCAAAAUUAUAAGGUCACGCAUCACACUAUCACGAGCUUAUGAGUCGUUUUGGCCUGUCAACACCUUCCACCUAUCUCUGUGCGCUCGAUAAACAUGUAAUGGAGGAUCCUAUGCCAGCCACGAUAGAAUCGUGUAAAUUCCCACAAUUUAUAAUAAUACGAUUUAACUACUCCAAUCGAAGCAAAAUUCCGCUAUAAUCACCGUCCUGAUAGGAAUCUAAACGCUCCAAAGUUUCUUGUACAACAGCAAGUGCGAACUUAACGCUGCCGCCAUGUUUAUACAAAAGGUGCAAAGCAUGAUGGACUAAAGAGCCACCCACGACCCACCCUCCGACAGCUGGUCUUGAUCAACGAUCACUGAAGCGUGAACGAAACUUCAGAAGUCGUGUUGAAAAUUUUCAAGGUCGAGUUUGAAUAUGACUCGGCAAGUGUAAUUUAAUGAGGCGAGUUGAAAAUAUACGGCGAGCAAGGUCAAAUAAAAGAGUUGAGUUUAAAAAUAAAAGACGAGUGUAAAAACAGUUUUCUAAUGAUGCGAAAUCUGAAGGAAGAGUGUAAAACUUUAUAUUCGGCUAUAAAAUUCAAGUAGAAAUUUAAAUGAUGAAUAUAAAAUUAAUACCAUGAAUUUUAGUGGGGAUCGUACGCCAUAGGCUAUUGCCUGGACACUACUGCUUUGCCUACUCUCUUUGCACGCUGUUUAAUAUAAUUUAACUAGAACUUGAACCUUUGAAUGCUCUAAAUCUCUUUUCCUCAGAAAAAAGGUUUAAAUAAAGUUAUAAGACGCCUGUUAACCCUGAGGACUGGGAUGUUGACUUUGCUUUUCCUAACCUGUAGCUUUGUUUUAAUGAGAACGAAGCUGAUGUAGAAACUGAAUAGUAACCUUACCGAGGAAGAGAAUUAUAGUCAGGUGUUUGAAAAUUUUAACGCGGAUCACAAUUGAAGACGAGUGUAAAAACAGUUUUCUAAUGAUGCGAAAUCUGAAGGAAGAGUGUAAAACUUUAUAUUCGGCUAUAAAAUUCAAGUAGAAAUUUAAAUGAUGAAUAUAAAAUUAAUACCAUGAAUUUUAGUGGGGAUCGUACGCCAUAGGCUAUUGCCUGGACACUACUGCUUUGUCUACUCUCUUUGCACGCUGUUUAAUAUAAUUUAACUAGAACUUGAACCUUUGAAUGCUCUAAAUCUCUUUUUCUCAGAAAAAAGGUUUAAAUAAAGUUAUAAGACGCCUGUUAACCCUGAGGACUGGGAUGUUGACUUUGCUUUUCCUAACCUGUAGCUUUGUUUUAAUGAGAACGAAGCUGAUGUAGAAACUGAAUCGUAACCUUACCGAGGAAGAGAAUUAUAGUCAGUGUUUGAAAAUUUUAACGCGGAUCACAAUUGAAGACGAGAAUGAACUGGCAGAAAGAGAGGCUUUCCCAAAAACAAUUAACAAGCGAAUCCCUUCGACAAUGACAACAAACUUUAUACCUUGAAAAGCUUCUUUACCUUUUGCAGUGUUUUUUUUUUUUUACAAGGACAAACGGAGGAAAGAUGGAAAAGACUUCUAGACAGACACAGUGUCCGGUUUCCAAAAUACUCCAGCGUUACAUUAAAGAGUUAAAACUUGCAGUGCUCUUAGCUUUGACCGAAUAAACUUUUUCACUGACAUGGCGAAUUUGUUUUUAUUUUCUCGGAAAGCCUUUGUUAUGUGCGCCAUUAAAAACUUUCUUUUUUGACGCCUGUCAAAUGACUGUCAAAUCGUGCGUCCUACACUUGUUUCCAGUCCCCCAAAAAGGAAGAAGCCAUAUAAUAAACAUCGAUGGAAAAAAAACUCGGUCCGUAAUUUACAGUACGGACCGAAAACUCGGCUAAUAAGAGGUAUGUACCAUAUGUUGUGAUUUUUGCAUAAACAAUACAGGAAUAAUUAUUUUUGUAUUGCUUACCCCCUGACUAUAAAUUAUUAUGUGUAUAAAAUUGCCUAAAGUAAUUCAAUGUAUAAAUUAGAGGGCUGGAGAGGAAAUUAAUGGGUCUUAGGGACCAGUCAUAAUUUAAGUUGAAGGCGGGGGGGGAGUGGAGGAGAAAUUGGGGCCCUUCAAUUUUUUUUGGAUGGAAUAUGGGGGGCCUUAAAAUGCCAAAAGAUGACCUUGGGGGGGUCUUCAAGUUUCUUGUAAGUAGCAUCCCUACUGAGCAGCAUGAUGUUUGAUUAUUAAAGUCCUAUAUUGUGUAAUACUAAAACAAUUUAAUAAGCAUUUUUACAAAAAGAUUUAAUGCUCAAAUAGUAGGUGCAUCAACACAACAUCCAUUAUUGUGUAACACUGAAACAAUUUCAUCGGCAUUUUAACAAAUGAUUACAUGCAUAAAGUCAUAUUUUGCAAUCUCACUAUCCGAAUCAUUAUUUGUAGAUGAGGUUGAUGUGGACUCACUGUCUGUGUCACCGUCAAGUUUUUUGCUAUUAGAGCAUGUACUGCUCAUAUAAAAAGUAGUAAGCUUUGGCUGAUUAUCUUCUUUCUUCCUUGAAGCGGUCCUGUCGGCCUCUCACCUUUCGAUGGCUUGUCUUAUCUCAAUUAUAACACAAUCACUGAUAUAUCCUUGCUCUAUAAGCUGUUUGAGAGGCUCUAGGUGAAAUCUCUUUCUCAGUUCAGUGUGAAGUGCUUCUCUGUUGUUAGUUGGCACAUUCGGAAGUGACAGUGAGUAAGAACGGUAAACUAAAGAAAAUGUUAUUUGUUAUUACCAUUUGGGUAUUAUGUAUAAGAAAGGGGGGGCCUUAAAUCUUUUAACAUGAUUGAAGGGGGGGUACCUAAAAAACAUAGGUGCUAUUAGUGGGGGUCUGGAAAAAAUUUGGAAUAAAAAACGAUUUCUCCUCCACUCCCCCUCCAACUUAAAUUAUGACUGGUCCCUUAAGUCACUGUGGGAGUUCUUUUGUCGGGGGUGGGGUGGGUCUGUGGGUCUGUGGGUCUGUGAACAUGGGUUAUUACACACUUAAUGAGAAAUCAUGCAUUCUGGAAAUAGAAAACUAAAAAGGGUAAUAACUACAAGACAAUUUGAACCUCUUUAAGUUUUUAAUGAUUUAAAGUGAGUUAAGGCGACUAAAUGGCGAUUUUAGGCGAGCGCGAGUUAAGGCGAUUUUAGGCGACUUAAGGCAACUUUGGGCGACUUUAGGUGACUUUAAAAGGUCCCAGAGUAGGCCAAGGCUUUAUUCUAUUUCUGUGCAAUACAACCUUUAGAUUUAUACCGCACUGAAGCAGAAUUUGUUGUUGUUUGAGUAAAGACUGUCACACGAGAUCAUUCGAAUGCAAUUUUCUGGUAGAACUUUAAAAAUAGUCAGAACGUUCUUGGAUCGCGUUUCUGUAACUAAAAAAAAUUAUUUACCAUCUUAGUGUAUAUUAAAAAAAGAAAACUCGCUAAAUUGGGCAACUGAAAUCUUUUAGCUUACUAACAAGCUAAACGACAAAGUACAAAACAAAAACUUUGCUAUCGCCAUUAUGAAGUUGUCACUUCAGAAGUAAAAAAAAACAUAAAGGUUCAUAAAAGUUCACUCUAAAAAUUUGCAUGCACUAACAAAAUUUAUAAAACCAUUACAUAAGUAUUUUUUUGUAUUAUCAUUUGGUAUUAUCAUUUGUUUAUGACUGGCAAGAUAAAACGCGACCUUCAACCUGUAAUAUUCGAUAGGCCAUUUUGACACUACAUAAACAUAAAAGGUGAAAAAACACCUUAACUUAUAAGACUAACUAUAAAAUAUCACCUAAAUAUUUUCUGUAUAUCGCAUAGAAAUACGCCAAAUAUCAAAUCUAAUCAUAGAUUGCAGCGAUCUAAAAUAAAUAAUAAAUCCGAACCUACCUCCAGCUAGACGGCGCCAUUUUUCUUGCCCUGACGGCUGAUCGAGAGCGGAAAGACGAACUAGUUCCAGUCCUACUCCGCACCACAGCUGAACAGGAGAGCGCGUAUGAGCAAUGAGCAAACACCGCGGCAAAACGCACUGCGCAUGAGCACAAAAUUUAACAUCCGGUCAGCUUUUUAUUUCCGGUCUAGUACAUAAACCAAUUGCGUAAGCAUAAUAUUGCCGUCGCGCCAAGUUUAAAAGUAAAAAGGGAGAAACAGACAAAAAAGGGGGCGAAAAAAAACACUUCAUUCGAAAUCUUAUAUAUUUUCUAGCGUCAAACUUUUGCACCACAUGGUUAUCUGUUUGCCCCAACGGUGACAUGAUGUUUGAAGUUUGCAGGUCGCGAGCGCUCGACAAGACGAAUUUGUUUUUACUGGCUUUCUUGCGUGCUGCUGGUUCGGCAGAAGUUGUGGGAGCAGGCGACAACUAAGAAAAGAAUAACAAUAGUUAUGAAAGAAACCAAAAUGAAGACGUCAUCAUUAUCAUUAACAUUAAAACCAGGAAAUAAAAUUUUAGUCCCCGUUUAAUAAUUUUUUUUAUUAUCUGAGAAAACAAGAGCUCAAAACAAGACAUGGGCGGGAUUUAGAAACAACUUCGACUUUCAUGACUGCAGUCACGAACACCCGGAGUUUUCAGUGCCGGGAAACUAAACAGUAUAAAUGACUUUCAUUCAAGAAAAUGUCUAUGUAAUUCUUUUACAUGGUUGUUCUUUGGUUGAAGACUUCAAUAAUUUCAGACUGUGCGGCUCGGCUGCUUCUCAUACAAACACGAAACUUCCAGAUGCUAAAUACAUGGCAUGAAAAGUUCGACUUCUAAAAGCCAUCGAACCAGCUUUCGCUCUCUGAUUCUGAGAAUGAAAAAAAUUAAUAGAGUUGUCAACUUGCUGCUAACCUCAACAGUAUAAUUAAGCUUAUGUUUCAUAGCAAUCAACUCAGAAGAGUUUCAUUUCAAAACACGGUAACUCACUGGUAAAUAAAACUACAAAGCGAUUGUGUGUUUUUGUUUUUCAAAUGAAGCUCGAAUCGGCUUUAACACAUGAAGACUGAGAAACUGAAGAACUGAAAAUUAGAACUACAAUACACAAGCUUGCAAUGAUAACUUUUUAUGUCUCAGUUUCAGCCAGGUUAAAGUGAAAAAUAACAGUCAAAAACUUUGUUUUCGUGAAUGAAAAUCAGUUUACCUGACGCUCUAGCCAAAAUUACACACUGAGUUAUUAUCAUCUUACCUUUUCUGAAUCUAUACGACUAAUUGUUUCAGUGAUCUGUACCUGGUUAUCCAUAAAACCAAUUUCAAUAACUACAAAAUAGUCAAAAACACGAGCAGCAUGAUUCAGAACAACUGAACCACAAGCUGCACAGAAGCCGAGAGCGCACGGGAGACUUUGAUCUGACUGGAAAGUGUGACUGAAAAAGAGACCGGAAAUGCUCAACCUGGCGCAUGCGUAGACGUUUUACCGCGGUGUUGUAUGAGCAGGGGUGAUAAAUGUUAGGCGGUGAACGAGCGCUCCGCCCUUCAUUUAAUGUGUGAUGCGGAGUAGGACUGGUGCGAGCGCUCUUUUUGCGCUUCCGGUGCGCGUGAAGGCCGGCGAAAUUUUCCUUUUUGCAAACCGGAAAUCCUAUUUUCUUUCUGUAAUUUCAGGCCACAAUGUUAAAUAGAUAAAUUAGUUUGAUAACAAUAGCAAUAAACAGUUUCAUAUGUUUGUGUCUGUAUGCCUAUAAGUCAAACUUGUUGGUCGUAUAAUGCCAAAAUUUGAGUUUAAUUUGAAAGUGUUGAAUACAUCCUCCUUCAACUAAAUAUCACCUAAUCGUCUUUCGCCGUUUCGUUUGCAAAAGCUUAACACUUCUUAACCUCAAUUUUUACAUAUGUUAAAGGGGGAUAAAUAUUAUAUAACAUAACAAAAAAUUAGGUUGAUAUAUUUCGAUAUAGUGGCGUUGUACUGCUUCAAACUUUGCUUCUCGGGUGCAACGCGCCAUAGCGAUUCGCGCAAUGCGUCGCAAAUCCGGCAACCGCGAGUAAACAAAAUUUAUUGAGGUUAGUUGUAGGGUUUUUUCUCCGUUUUUCUCGCUAAGAAAAGCAAGGUAAACAGUAAAAACUGAGGGGAAACUAAUUUUGAAGUUUCAAAGAACCAGAAAGACGUAUGAGAUGUUUUCUUCAAAAUUAAAAAAAAAAUUGAUUGUGAUUGAAAUUAGCAUAAUUUCACCUUGCACGAGCUGUACGCAUUUAUAAAAUGCACGUCAUUUAGUUGUGAAACACGAUCUGCUUUCUUUUAGUUUUGACAUGGAUGAGAUUUUCCUUCGUGUUUUAGACAGUAUUUAGUUGUUUUUGUUUUGGAAUAACAUCGGUAUUGGCGAGUAGUGGAACGAACAUAUAAUUCAGUGUUAGAGUCAUGGAAGUAAUAACGGAAACCCUUUGAAAGAGAUGUUUGUCUACUCCAACUAAACCUCCCGCAAAAAAUAGCAACAUUUGCCUCUCGGAGGCAGCGUACCAGCACAAAGGAACGAGGAAGAAGUGCAAAAAAAAAAACAAAACAAGCCGCCAUAAUUCAGUGACAGCGGCAGUGUCUAAUGGACAAACCACAUCGCAAGCCCUGACCGAAGUCGAAAACAAGCGACAUUUCUAAGCAGAGUCAUAGUCCACUGCAUCACACCUUUUUGCUCGGACGCGCUCGUUUCACCGCUCAACCUUUAAUUAUCCGCUCCACGUGUGAGCGUAUCAACGCCCUAGGGCUUCACACCUCAAUGCCCUCGACUUCGCGCCUCACUGGCGUUUUAUCCACAUUCAAAUUUGUUUCAAGGAACCUAAAGCAGGUGAAUGAAAACCAUCCUGGAGAGCUUUAAUUCAGUUUUCGGUGUAAAGGAAAUAAAAAUUUCCCAUAUCUGUGACUGGAAGGACCGUAAACAUGGAAGGCAGCAAAGAAAUGAAAUGUUCGUGUGGUGCGAUUGUACUAACUUGUCGCAAAAGACAAAGUGCGUUUGCUUUUCAACGAGGUAAGACGAUAUUAAUUCAUCGUUCCUGGUUGUCGAACCUAUGUCAUCGAAGAUCGACAUUACGGCCGUUUAUACUCGAGAAAAUAAGCCGCGGUUUUAUUUAAGACGCGAAAGGUUCGAAAGGCUUAUAACAUGCGAACUGCCUCAGGGAACCCAAACGCUUAUGAAUCGUUUUGGAAGGGAUUUGAACUAGAGAUAGAAGACGUUUGUUUGGCUGAUUUCUUUUGAAUGGAACGCGAAAGUUAAUAAACUUUACGUCUUCGAUUGAUAGUCAACAAUAAUGGCAACUUAAGGCGUGACUGUCGCGACGCAGAUCCCGCGAGAGGGAAAUAGAUGGCCCUCGAAAAAUUGCGUUACUUUCAGCGUGGACAGUUAAAUAUUCACCUCGCCUAGCCACCUCCGCUUCCGUGAAUAAUGAUGAUUUUUAACUCAUUUAUUGCUGCCAAGGAUUAACCGAUUAACGUCAUGUUUUCUUGCCAACAAAUACAACAUUUGAAGGCAUUUGUUAGCUUUUGCGGGGACAUUUCUUCCAAACGAGUUGUGAGUUCUUCUGUCAAACCGUAUUUGAUUUAGUUUUAAGCUUACUUAUUUAUGAACAUGUCAGCUAAAUGAAGUGUUGCAAGACUUAAUUUCCAUAAAAUUGUAAACAAAAAAACUUUUUCACCAGUUUCAUUGAUAAACCAGGUUUAACAAACCGUGUUUCGUCACCUUCUUUGUAAAUAAACUAGGAGUAAUAGGAGCUUAGGAGAGUGCGUUCGAUAUGUUUGUUAGGCAGGUAGCAGUUGAUGGGGAAGGGUGUAUGGUUCUUGCGAUAGAUAACUAUGAUUAUGGUAUAUUUUGAGCGUAAGGGUUGCAUACAGCGAAACCUCUAUUGAAACUGCAGGCGGUGUGCGCACUGUGAUUGUGAUACAUUGUGGAUGUAGAAUUUUCAAGAUGGCGGAGAAGGUCGAGAAAUUUCCCAGGUUAUAUGCUUUAUAUUUCGAUAGACGUAGUUCUUUUCUGAGAAAGUUAUCCACAAUUACAUAAAUUCAUACUUAUUUACGAUUAAUCUGUGAAGAAAAAAAUCAACAUUCCUCAUUACAAUCUAAAUCACGGAGCACGAAGAUUCAUCCUCUACGAGCAUGAAAUUUGAACUGGUUGUUUGGAGGGCUAUAAUUUCUAUCUGACGAUAGAAACUAGUCUUAAGUGUUUUUACAAAGAUUGUUCUACGCCCAGGUAUAAAAUAAAGGCUCCCCAACGCUCCCCACUUUUUGAAAUAAUUUUUUCAAAUUAAAACCGACCUGUUUUCUUAACAAAAUGUGGCCUCGCACAAACGGCAUGUCACUGGAAGUGUCACUCUUGUAUUCACGAGUUAAUUACAAAAUAGUUCAUUGGUUAUAUACAGGAGCAUGAAGCCUGUAGACGACUGCACAUAACAAAUGUCAGAUUUAUGAAAAAAUAUGUGAAUCAGUGAAAAAUGGCCUAUUGAAGUCUGAUUGAAAACAAACAUAUCACAAAAUAGCUAAAAAUAGCUUUUACCAUAAUCUUAUGAAAAUAUCUGAAUAUUAUGACCUCCCUGAUUUUGAUCCUAAUAAUUUAAGUGAAGCUAAGAUCAAACACUAUGUAGAUAGAAUAAAACCAAAAUAUAUUGCAUAUUGGCAACAUACAAUCCAUCAUUCUAAGAAACUACAAUUUUACAGCUUAUUUAAACAUGAUUAUAAAAUUUCAAGUUGUCUAGACUUAAUUUGAAAUUCUGCUAAUAGGAAAGAUUUAGUGAAAAUUCGUAUAAGUAACCACAAACUCAUGAUUGAAACUGGAAGAUAUAACCAAACCUCCCGCAACGAUAGAUUCUGCCCUAUUUGUAACUCUGGUAUAAUUGAAGACGAAUUUCAUUUUCUCUUCCAUUGUCCAAAAUACUCAAUCCCAAGGGAGAAAUUCUACAAUCAAAUCCAACAAAAUUUUGUCAACUUUAAUCAGCUAUCUUACACAGAAUUAAUAAUCAAAUUGAUGAAUUCACAGAAUUUUUCCGUAAAUUCACAUCUGUUGAAAUUUGUCUCAUUAUGUAAUGAUUUACGUAAUAAUUUGUUAUCAGAUCAUGCUGAUGACACUUGAUUGACUAUAGUAAUCAUUGCAUUGCAUUAUCAUUGUUAUGAUUUGUUUGUUUGUUUGUUUUUUUUUAUGUUAAAGCUUUUGCAAUACUGUAACUACAUAAUUAUAGUCAUGCAAAUAAAGCUUAUGCUGUUGUUGUUGUUAACCUGAGAUAAAAAAUUAACUACAAGAUAUCCAAAGUGGGAAAAAGGGGGUACUACUUAGAUCCACCACAGUAACAAUUGCUAACCCAAAAGACUAAAGUAUAUCAACAACUAGCCUGCGAACUUCAGACGUUUCUCCUCGCUCAUGGUCUGCCGUUCGCAGGCUAAUCAACAAAGUGGAAGGAAAAUAAUAUCCGUCACUAUAAAAUUACAGCACUGAAAUACUAAUCACCAUGCCAACAUAAUAUAAUGUGAAUACAUUUACCCAAAAGUUUCCACCUAAAUAACACCUAUGACACAAUAUUUGAAUUAAACAAAAGAAGUUGGAGGGAGGAGGAUCACAAGAAAGGAAAGGGGUCUCCCUACAUGUUGCCCCUGAUUUCAGUAGAUUUGUAACCACAAAUGUAUGGUGGCCCAUGUGUGCCAUAGGAAAGAGCUGUAGAGCGAGAGUAAAUCAAUAUUUUUUGCAAUAUUUUUUAAUUUAAUGAUUAGUUAUCUUUAUUUUUUAUCUUUAUCUUUUUAUUUCUGUUUUAUUUCUUUUUAUUCCGUGGGAUGCCUGUGGCACUCCCACGGUAAAAAUCCGGUUCGGUUGUACCCAAAAUUGCAAAGCCAGCCAAUAGGAUUGCGUAAAAUCUUUAUCGAUUAUUUCUUCUUCCAAGUCGACCAAUGGGAUUGUACAAAACCUUUAUCGAUUUUUGAUCGAUUUGCUUCCUCUGAGGAACGUUUCAGAACGUUUCAUUGUACGAACAAAUUGCAAAGCCAGCCAAUAGGAUUGCUUAAAAUCUUUAUCGAUAAUCUCUUCUUCCAAGCCGACUAAUCAGAUUGUACAAAAUCUGUAUCGAUUUAUAAUCGAUUUGCUUCUGCUGAAGAACGUUGAAAUCAGAACGUUCCUUGCCAAAUUUGUCACCCUUGAGUUUUCCCACUCCUGCUUUAGGAUGGCUUGUUAACCAGCGAAAUCCUUCGGGAUACUGGCAAGUCACGAAAGGCGACCUAAGCCAAAUUAUUUCUUCCCUUCAUGAUUCUUUUUCGUUUAGGUCCAGCUUUUUCAUCAGGUUUUAGUAACGUCUGGUUGCGGGGACGUGAUUUCCGAUAGAUUUUUCUGGUCGGAGUUCGCCAGUUUUUGCUGAGCACAGCUAGAGUUCAGUUUUUUUCUUUUCUUAUCGAAAACACCUUGACGCUAGGAGGUUAAAUCGCGUAAAUUUCAACUCGUACCCUUGACGAUUGGGGGUGAAAUCGCGAAAAUAUUGUCCUCGUCGAUCGUCGACUCGCUUUCGACAUGGAUUGAACUUCUGGAUGGGACACGGAUCAGGACCUUAGGAAACUUAUUAUACCUUGGAAUCAGGGAUAAUCAUUGGAACUAUGUUAACUUUGAGACCUUGGAAACACAUUGAAAUUAAUUUUUAACCGUAUCAAGAGCAUCUUGGAAUAUUAAACUUUCAUCUUGCAUUAAAACAUUGGAACUUUAUCGAACUUUGUAACCCUGGGUUCAACCCUGGAUAAAGCAAGCGGAUGUUUUGUUUGUUCCAUUAACCUAAAACUACAAUGUUUAUUUCUCUUUGAAAAAGUUACCUGUGGCAACUUACUACCAAGAUAUGACGUAUCUUUAUACAUAUAGUUCCUGUCCAGGUUAAUCAGAGAGCAUUGUGCGCAUGUUCUCCAUUACUUGUUUCCGCUAACAUUCCAGUUUAAGUUACGCGGGUAAACCUUGUUUUGAUGCAAAAUAACUUCUUUUUCUUAUCCAAAUCGUGCUACGAAAAUAACUACAUAGCAAUAGAUCAAAAAAGAUCAACUCAAUCCUUGCGACCACUGACAACUAUAAAUUUAGCUUGCGUAGCAGGUGUCGAAAAGGGGUAGGGGAUAGGGAGGAAGCAAAAAAGGGAUGUGGAUUGGGGAGAAAUAGUAGCCUGCCACGCAGGCUACUAUAAAUUCAGUCAUAAGCACAUUAAACCAACCCAUACAGGUAACGUACUUAUCGAUGCUCAUAACAUGACACAUCUUUCUGGUUUCCCUAAUUUUUCCACAUUCAGAUAGAAAGCCAUUAUGUUUCCGUAGAACAACGCAUCCCACGGAAACGACUUUAGGCGUCUUGUUAUUUUCUCAUUCACGUAACAAAGAAAGUAAAAUAAAAAAAAGGAAAUAAAUGAGUACGGCCUAUGAGUGCCAUAGCAAAAAAUAAAAAUAAUAAAAUAAAUAAGUAAUUUGGCCUAUGAGUGCCAUAGUAAAAAAUGAAAAUAACAAAAGAAAUCAGUAUGGCCUAUUCUUAUAAUUUUGGCUAAAACCCCCAAAACCAAAUGCUUUAAGUUAAAGGCUUUCAUGAAAUUGACUCAUUAUUAGUAAUGGGUUUUCAUUAUUUGUACCUUGCUUUUUUUUCAGAAAUCUCCUUGCUUACCUUUAUAUCCCAAUUUUACAAAAAGAGCUUGAUGUUUUUAGGGGGUUUUAGCCAAAAUUAGAAGAGCAUGUAAACAAGAAAAUAAUGAUUAUGUUCUAACACUCAAGGUUUACCAGCCACUUUGUUUGUUAAUUUUAGCCGAGGAAAGUAAUAUUAGUUUGAGUUAGCAGAUCAGAGCCUGAGUAAACCAAGUUCGAGUUAAGGUUGUUUCACCGUAACUGUUACAGUUACGUGGGUAAAAUUAACUGAUAGGUACCAGUCAAGUCAACUACAUCUAUCUAGUGGGGCUAAUUCUGACAGGCAACUGGACAGGAAUUACUUUACGCCGGCCCGCUCAUGAACGCUUUAUCUCUAUGGGUUCGCCUUGCCUUGGUAAGUUUUGAUCCCUAUAAUUUUCGGAUCACUAGACUUUCAGCUAGGAAAUCCGAACAGAUGAAAAGUUUUUAGGGGAUAAAAAUAUGCCUAUAUCUACCGUUUCAAUACUAAAAUAUGUUCACCAAUGCUAUGUUAACUGGUUUUGAACUAUAUCCUCGUUGGGUGCCCCUGUUACCUUUAGUACUUUCAUGACUGAAGCAUAGAACAAAGCAGCAAUUCUUCGAUUUACCGACUGCAUGCGAGUGAUUUCGAACAAAAUACACUUAUUAACGGAAUGACACUCUUUUUCCCCGAUAAUUCGAUAGCCUUUGUUUUUACAGACGUCUCUAGAAGAAAAUAAAGGUAAAUAGCUGAUUUCUACAGCGUAUUUAACGAAUAUUCGUCUCCGCAGUCGCUUCCUGCGAGAUGUUCACUCUUCGCCAUCUUGACACAAAUGAUCAGAUUUUGAAUACCGCCCAUGAUGCUUUGCGAUCCCAGUGCGCACACCGCCUGUUUAAACUGUGUAUCAUUAUGAAACGGUUUUGAAGGCUAGUGAUCAAAGUGAUAUCUUAUGGUUCGUCUCAAGUGCUUGUAAUUUGAGGAGACACCGGCCAGAGUGAGUCGAGCGUGUAAAAAUAACUUUUUGUUUUACUGGUGCAAUAGAUGUUCUACAGGGCGCAAUUGUUCAAAAACAUUUCUUUGGAUAAUUUUCUCUGUUACUGUUAAGAGCACCCAAUCAUCAACUAGUUGACAAAAUGAAGCUUUCACAUCUGAAUUCAAAUUUCGCACUAACCCUCCUCGCAUGCGUUAUCUUUACCCAGCUUUGAACAACCCGGCCCAGGUAUUGUUAAAAAGCAAACAGUUGACAAAGUUUUAGUUGUAAUCAUUAAUUCAGUUACCUAUUGGGGAUCCACACGCAGAAUACUGAAAUUUACUAUGAAAUGAAACUGUUACUGACAAGUCUUCUUAACUUGUGAUGAUAUUGAAGAUCGACUUAAGACCAUAAUUUUUGGGGUGAAGGCCGGGGCACAAUAGGGAGCUUAAGCAACAACGUUUUUGAGCGACGCACGUCAACCGGAAGUGGCCUUUUUUCAUUUUUUGACGGUGGUUUCGCGCAAAUUUUCAGUCAAAUCGCCUCUAUAACAGUAAAGAAGCUAAGGAAUACAAAUUUUAAAUCAUCAAGGCAUGUUAAGAGGGAAAAUACCUCACUUCCGGUUGACGUGCGUGGCUCAAAAACGUCGCUGCUUAAGCUCCCUAAUGAUUGUGUUUGAACACUUGUUCACUUAUACUGCACUUCUCAAUUUCAUACGUUUCAAGGGAAUCAUCAAAGCCUUCAGUGGAAUUUGUGUGCGGCUCACGUCAAUAACUUUUCCAGUAAUUUUUGGUCACGUUUUUCCGCAUAAACUGAACAUAUAGCUGAAAUGUUCGUUUGUCAGGUGCCGAAAAUAUCACAAGUCAUGAUGAAAUGGCGCCGCCGAGCUUUACACUUUGAGGAACAACGGCCGCCGAGCUAGACAACUCGGUAGCCUACUCGGUUGAUUACUUUGUGACACUAGUGUCCCCUAGCUGCACAUCUCAGUAGAUUUACUUUUUGCACAACAGACGCCAAGCUGCACAACUCGCCGGUAAUUUUUCAUGCGCAACGGCUGCCGAGCUAAACAACCCGGUUUGAUGCAUGCACCAGGAAUCGCACGCAUUUUCCAAAGAAAAUAUAAAGGCUUAAUCCAAAGCAAAAUUUACUCAGGGUGUAAAUUAAACUUUCAACAAACUUUUGAAAGGUUAACGGUUUGGAAGAUUCAUUAAACACUGAUCGAUUGUAGACCUUCAGCAAACUGUUAAAUCAUGUACGCUUUACGAAGAUAGACCUCGUCACGGUUUUCGACGCCAUGGCCAUCUUGACGAAUAGGCAAACGCGUGAGAAAUCACAGUGUUUCUAUGAGAAUCCAGUGUCGAAUAAUUUCGGUAAAAAGGCUGUUCUGGAAAAAAUAUGAACUGUAAACUAAAGCUACACAGCAAAGGAUAUUACCAACAUAUUUUGGAGGCCGUUACUGUGCUUAAAUUUCUCCAGAAGCUUGCUUUAGAUUUUCCAUAUAUUUGUCUGCAAUUUUUCCCGAAAAAUUUUUACAGACAAAUGUAUAGAAAAUUUUUAAAAAAGGGUCUAGGUCUUCUAGCGCAUAUAACGCCCUCAAAUUUUUUCAGUAGAAGCCUUAAGAAUGAAGCUGUAGUUUACAGUUCACUUUUAAAACAGCCGUUUUACGGAAAUUAUUAGACGUUAGAUUCUCAUACAAACACUGUAAUUUCUCACGGGUUUGCCUACUCGUCAAAAUGGCGUCGAAAACCGUGACAAGGUCUGUUCAGCACACUUUUAAAAGAUGAACGCUUUACUAAGACAGACAGACCUCAGCAAACGUUUGAAGGAUGGGAGCCCGAAAAAAUGAUUGUCAAAUUUCACAAACAUUUUACACAUGAAAUUUUCAGAAUUUUACCUGUUUUUUCACAAUUCUUGUGAAAUUUGACAUUCAUGUUCUCGGACUCCCAUGAGAAAGUCCUUGAUAUUAUUACGAAUGACUAAUUACGUCUUAGCCCUUGAAAAAUGUAAGAAAGAAUGCAAUAUUCUUUUAAUUGUUCUGGUACAAGGUGUUUGUCCACUGAAAUUUAAAAUUACUCAAUUUACUGAGCUGGUGGACUCCGUCUUAAUGUCUCGGUGUGUCAUCUUGUAAUGACCUGAAGUGAAAUGAAUGAACCAACCACUGAUCAACACCAAUGGUUGUCUUGCACGCUUGACUAAUGUAAAUUUUUUUUUUUAAUUAUCAUGGAGUUACAUUUAAUGCAGAAACUGUUUUGCAGUUGACAAUAUAUCGAAACAAGAGCAUAUUGAGUUAAUAUCGCUUAACAAGUGCAUUGUUUUAAAUGCAUAUAAUUAUAGUUUUAAUGUAUAUAUUGUGGUUGUUUUUUCUAUCUCAGGAAAGUUUUAUUUUUUCACGUUUUUGGGUAUGAUAUUUUUUAAUGAAUUUGAAACAAAGGAAAAACAAAAAUUACCUGAAAUAAAAAAAUAACUGCAACAUACAUCAAACGGUGAAUUCUUAAAUUCUUCAACACCUUCUCUGAAACAGGCCAUCUAAUAGAGUAAUCGAAUUAAACUUUUCAGGUAAGAAUUUUCGGGUCAAAUUUUGCAGCAAACAAGUCUAUUAUGUGUCAAACUGUGCCAUUUCCUCGGGGUAUGAUACUGGGCAUAGAACACUUACAGUGUCAUUUUAUUGAUAACAAAAUUUGAAAAUUUCAGAGGCUACAUAGUGUCCAAAAGCUAGCUAAUUAGUCUUAACUGGCAGUUGAGUUUGUUUUUUGGUGCAGAUUAUGCAAUUUCUUAUCCUUCUAGAUAACGGUUUCUUCCUCCCUUAGAACUUGAAAUACUUCAAAACAAAGGAUUUAUUGAAAAAGAUGUGCUGAUUUUGACCUUGGAGGAUCCCAAAGGUGGCGUUGGAAGUGGUGGUGCCCUGAUUAAUGCCUUACUUGUGGUCACAGAGCAUCUGAGUGCUAAAGCAGGCUUUGGGGUUGGUAAUAAUUAUGACUGUAUAACACGCUAUUUUUACCUAAGACCUUUUCUAUCAGAACAUUUUUUUUGUCUUGUGUUCACACUUAGAUGUAACCAACUGUAACUGUCUGUCUCAAAGAGGUGUUGGCCGUAUUAUAGUCAGUCAUAGAUUAAACCGUUUAUUAGCUAGCCCCAAUGUCCUGAUUUAAAAUUCUCCAUACUGAACUCCACACAAAAAAAAAUUAUCCUUAAAGAAUUAUUUGAGGGAACUGAAUUUCUUUAAAGAUGAAAGAUCAAUGUAUUUUCCUUUAGGGUUAUCAUUUCAUUAAUGUAAAAUGAUAGGAAAUACUUUGAUCUUUAACAAAUUCAGUUUUGUCACUUAAUUGUUGAAGGAAAUUUGUUUUUUGUUGCAAGCCAUACAAUAGAACUUGAACUACUACCUUGCUGACUGCAGAAAUUUAGGGCCUGUUUACAUAGAGGUGGAGGACCCCAGGAAGGUGAGGUAAACCGCUUAGGUGGGGUUACCUGCCUGUCCAUAUAAUCUCUCAUUUUGAUGGGAUCACGUUUACAUUUUAGGUGGGGUAACCCGCCACAUGCUACCACACCUACCUGGCGUCCCCCACCUUCAUGUAAACAGGCCCUUAUUGAAGAAAAAUUCAAAUGCAACUUUUGUACUUAGUGCUAAGCCUGCUUACUGGUUACAACUUCUUUUCAUUCUUACAAUAGGUCGUUACACAAAGUGUUUUGAAGAAUGCAAGGAUACUCAUCAUGCAUAUGGCA